UAUCCGCUCAGUUUAUUUUAUCCUUUCGGUUCAGCUGCGGGUGACAACCAAUUAUCAGCAGUGGAUGAUGGCUCCACAUCGAAAAUCCCCAUAUCUGUACCUUUUCCUUUCUUUGGAUCACUCUACAAUUCUACAUAUGUUAACAACAAUGGUGAUAUUACCUUUGAAACUCCGCUGACGCAAUAUACAUCAGAACCUUUUCCAAUAAAUGGAACUCACAGAAUUAUAGCACCCUUCUGGACAGAUAUUGAUACCACUGAGGGAGGGUCGUUAUGGUACCGCACGACUAACGAUGUAACUACCCUACAAAGAGGAGCGAGUACUGUCCACUCGCUCUUCCCAGACAUCACACAGUUCACCCCCACCUGGAUGAUGGUUGUCACUUGGGAUGACGUGGCGGCUUACAGUUGUUCUACUACCUGUAAUCAGAGAAACACGUUUCAACUGAUUCUCAUUACCAAUGGAAUUCAUUCAUUUGCUGUUUUCAAUUACAACAAAAUAAUAUGGACUAAAUCAACACAGGUUGGCUUCAAUGCUGGUGACGGUGAACACUAUUUCUCGGUUCCUGGUUCUAUGACAGACGCUGUAUUAAAUCUCACUCAGAUGUCCAACAUUGGAGUUCCGGGACAAUUUGUGUUCCGAGUUGACGAAGCAAAAAUUUCUAAUGCAGAUACUGUUGAUGAAUGUGCCAGCUCUCCCUGUCGUCACGGGAAUUGCUCAAACGAAUACCUCUAUUAUGAGUGUAUCUGCGAUCCGGGUUACUCGGGGGUUAAUUGUGAAAAUGAAAUUGAUGAAUGUCAGAGUUCCCCGUGUCUGCAUGGAAACUGCUCUGACGGCUUCAAUCAUUACACGUGUCAUUGUCAAGCGGGAUACAGCGGCAACAACUGUGAAACAGAAAUUGACGAAUGUGCAAGUUCUCCGUGUGUGUAUGGCACGUGUACAGACUUUGUCAGUGGUUAUGCAUGUAACUGUAUGACGGGCUAUAUGGGAAUGUACUGCGAAACGGAUAUUAAUGAAUGUCAAAGUUCUCCAUGCAUCCAUGGAAACUGUUCAGACCAUGUUAAUCGUUACACGUGUCAAUGCUAUCCGGGAUAUGCUGGAACAAAUUGCCAGAUAAAUAUUGACGAUUGUGUUGACUCUCCUUGCUUUCACGGAAACUGCACCGACCAAGUCAACGGAUACAUUUGUGAAUGUGAAGCUAGGUACAGCGGAGUCGUUUGUGAAACCGAAAUUGACCGAUGUACAAGUUCUCCUUGUGUACAUGGCUCGUGUAUUGACAAAAUUGAUGACUACUUUUGUGUCUGUGAUACGGGAUACCACGGAAGAAAGUGCUCUGUUUUUGAGUUCUCCUAUUUGACACCGUUAUGGGUGGGAUUACUGGUUUUGCUUUUCACAAUUAUUCCAUUGAUUUUGUGGAAAAAAUCCAAAAGUCAGGAGAGCGAGAGGAGGACAGCACUGGGAAUCAUUCAUUUUGAUGACGUAACUCUGGGCGCCAGUAAGAAAUCUUAUCGUAAUCAAGAACCAGUUGUAUCCAACUUUCUGACGAUUCGCGGCUUCAUAUCCUUGAUAUGGCAUAAAGACAAGUCAUCUUGGAAUCUGUGUGGUGGCCCGUAA